AUGUCGUCGCGAAUUGAAAGAGCUUGUUCAAAGUCUGCUUUGUCUAUAGGCAAAGUUUUAGACAAGUUUCCGAAAACUCACAAUGUUUAUUUUAUGGCAUUGAUUUCAACUGUUUCGGGUAUGAUGUUUGGUUUUGAUAUUUCUUCAAUGUCGGCCUUUAUUGGUUCUUCACAUUAUUUACGGUACUUCAAUAGUCCUCCUGCAGAUGUUCAAGGUUUGAUCACUUCAUCAAUGGCCCUAGGUUCCUUUUUCGGUUCACUUGCUUCGUCAUUUGUUUCAGAACCAUUUGGUAGAAGGUUUUCAUUGAUGAUUUGUUCGUGUUUAUGGAUGAUCGGUUCCGCAGUUCAAUCUUCCUCUCAAAAUAGAGCUCAAUUGAUUGCUGGAAGAAUUAUUUCCGGUGUUGGAGUCGGUUUCGGAUCUUCUGUUGCUCCAAUCUAUGGUGCUGAAGUCUCUCCAAGAAGAAGAAGAGGACUCAUCAAUGGUUUGUUCCAGUUGAGUAUCACUGUUGGUAUCAUGAUUAUGUUUUAUGCCAGUUAUGGUUUUGGUCAAAUUAAUGGUGUAGCUUCAUUCAGAAUUGCUUGGGCAUUCCAGAUCGUACCUGGUAUAGUUUUAUUCUUGGGUUGUUUUUUUAUCCCAGAGUCACCACGUUGGUUGGCCAAACAAAAUCAGUGGGAAAAAGCAGAGUUAAUUGUUGCAAAGAUUCAAGCUAAAGGUGAUAAAGAAAACUCUGAUGUUUUGAUUGAAAUUGCUGAAAUCAAAGAGCAAUUGUUGCAAGAGGAAGCUUCAAAAUCUAUUGGCUAUUCGACUUUAUUCAAGAAAAAGUUCAUUAGGAGAACCUUCACAGCCAUAUUUGCUCAAAUUUGGCAACAGAUGACUGGUAUGAAUGUGAUUAUGUACUACAUUGUCUACAUUUUCCAAAUGACUGGAUUCCUGGGAAACGCAAAUUUGAUUGCUUCUUCAAUCAACUACGUCUUGAAUGUUGUUUGUACUCUUCCUGGUUUAUACUUGUUUGAUAAAGUUGGUAGAAGACCAUUGUUGAUUGCUGGUGCCAUCAUGAUGAUGAUAUUCCAGUUUGGAUUGACAGGUAUUUUAGGUGCAUAUACUGAACCAUACGAUGAUCCUUCAUCAACAAUUGUUACUAUUAGAAUUCCCGAUGGAAACACAAACGCUUCAAGAGCCGCUGUUGCUUGUUCUUACUUGUUUGUGUGCAGUUUUGCAAUGACAUGGGGUAUCGGUAUCUGGGUUUACUGUGCAGAAAUUUGGGGUGACAGCAGAAUCUCACAGCGUGGUAACUCGAUAUCUACUGCUGCUAACUGGGCAUUGAACUUUGCAAUUGCCAUGUACAGUCCUUCUGGUUUCCAAAACAUUAGUUGGAGAGUUUAUAUCAUCUAUGGUGUCUUUUGUUUAUGUAUGGCCAUUCACGUAUACUUUGGUUUCCCAGAAACACGUGGAAAACGUUUAGAAGAGAUUGGUCAAAUGUGGGACGAAAAGGUCCCUGCAUGGAGAUCUUCUUCUUGGCAACCUACUAUUCCAAGUUCCGUCGAAAACGAGAUUGCAAGAAAGGUGAGCAUUGAGCAAAAGGUGAGUGGCUCAGGUGAAGAUCAUCCAAAAGAAGAAAUUUAA